AUUCUUCUUUGGAGGGAAUAACAGUGAAGCCAACAAUGGUACUUCUAGAUCUCUCUCUGUCUUCAUCGAUUCUUCAUCCGAAGCAAAUUCAUGAGAUUAAGGAUUUCCUACUCACAGCGCGGAGGAAGGAUGCACGCUCUGUGAAAAUCAAGAGGAGCAGGGAUGUAGUGAAGUUCAAGGUGCGAUGCUCAAAGUAUCUAUACACUCUUUGUGUGUUUGAUCCUGAGAAGGCUGAUAAGUUGAAGCAAUCACUUCCUCCUGGUUUGAGUGUGCAAGAUCUGUAAUUUUGUGACGGUAAAGGUGAAUGAUCGAGCUUUUGCUUUGGAGUUGUGCUUUACUCUCUUUUGUGUUUUAAUGCUGUUUCAGUGUUGUUUAGCUAAUUGAUUAGAACUUUUUUUAAUUUUAAUUUAAAAUCUUUCCAGUUGUUUCUUCAUUAUGCUUUUGAGCAAAGCUAUUAGGGGUUUUCUGUAUACGGUUAUUAUUCAUCAAAUUUGAUCAAUAGCAAGCUUUUAUGAGUGAGAAAAUACAUUUAAGCCAUUCUUAUUCUC